GUGGAUCGCUGAUACUCGACGUUUAUUGCGGUUCGGAAAUGAAUGUUUUUCUUAUCAGUCGAUAAGUACGAGAGACCCAGCUGCGUCUUAAAAGGAUCGCGGUUUUUCGGUCGAAUUUUUUUCUCUCUCGUGGUCAGAACCAGUGCGUUUUACCAUGGCCAAGGUCAGCGUCGACUUGCCCGACAUCGAGAACCUGCUGUCCCUGAACCCGAGGGUGCGCUGCCACGCCACGCUCGUACCGUCCGCCGACACCAAAACCAACAAGCGCCAUUGGAAACGCAACGCGACCAAGAAAUGCCAAGGUUCCGAUUCGUUGGAAAACGACUUCUCCGACGUCAAACCGACCACCUUGUCGGAGAGGGGAGCCCUGCGCGAGGCCUCCAGGUGUCUGAAGUGCGCGGACGCGCCCUGCCAGAAAUCCUGCCCCACACAACUCGACGUGAAGGCUUUCAUCACUAGCAUCGCGAACAAGAAUUACUACGGUGCCGCGCGCGCCAUCUUCACCGACAACCCGUUGGGUAUCACGUGCGGCAUGGUGUGCCCUACGAGCGACCUCUGCGUCGGAGGUUGCAACCUGCAGGCCGUCGAGGAAGGCCCGAUCAACAUCGGUGGCCUCCAGCAAUUCGCCACAGAGGUUUUCAGUCAGAUGGGGCUGACGCAGACCAGAGACCCGACGUUGGAGCUCCCCAGGAAGCCGGACGCGGAGAUCGUCCUCGUAGGGGGCGGACCGGCCUCCCUGUCGUGCGCAACUUUCCUCGCCCGUCUGGGUUACAGGAACCUCACCAUCUACGAGAAGGAACUGGCACUGGGUGGUCUAAGCACUUCUGAGAUACCGCAGUACCGUCUUCCCCAACGCACGGUGGACUUCGAAAUCGACCUGGUGCGUCAGCUGGGAGUGAAAUUCGAGCUCGGCAGGCGCCUGUCCACGAGGGACCUCACCGUCGCCGACCUGGUGAAAAAGGCGGACGCUGUUUUCUUAGGAAUCGGCCUGCCCCAGCCCAAGGUCGAUCCGAUAUUCGCCGGACUCGACGCCUCCCACGGCUUCUACACCUCCAAGAGUUUCCUCCCUCUCGUCGCCAAAGCGUCCAAGGGCUGCGGGGGCGGCUGCGCCCCCCUGCCUCGACUCGGGGGCACCGUCCUGGUACUCGGCGCCGGCGACACCGCUUUCGACUGUGCCACGUCCGCGCUCAGGUGCGGCGCGAGGAAGGUUUACGUGGUAUUCCGAAGGGGGUUCCAAAACAUCAGGGCGGUGCCCGAGGAAGUAUCCGUCGCUGUCAAAGAGCGCUGCGAGCUGAUGGGCUUCCUGAUCCCACGCAACGUUAACCUGAGGAACGGUAGGAUCACCUCGGUGACCUUCACCAGGUACCAAGAGGAAGAGGACGGGCGCUGGGUGCAAGAUUUGGACCAGCUCACCAUCCUGAAGGCGGAUUUCGUGAUAUCGGCGUUCGGGUCGCACCUGGAGGGCUCGGAUGUGGUCGACGCGUUGAAACCCAUCGAGUUGGACGACGACAAUCUACCCAUUAUUAACAGGAAAACGAUGCGGUCGUCUCACCCGAAGGUAUUCUGCGGCGGCGACGUCGCCGGCGUCGCCGAAACCACCGUCGAGUCCGUCAACGACGGCAAAGUGGCCGCCUGGUACAUCCAUUCCGCUUUGGAGGGUUUGCCCGAAGAUACGCCGUCCAGGUUGCCCGCGUUCCACACCGACGUCGACGAGGUCGACCUGUCCGUCGAGAUCUGCGGCGUCAAGUUCGAGAACCCCUUCGGGCUGGCUUCCGCGCCCCCCGUCACCAGUACCGCGAUGAUCCGGAGGAGUUUCGAGCAGGGAUGGGGUUUCGUCGUCACCAAGACUUUCUGUUUGGACAAGGACCAGGUGACGAACGUGUCGCCCAGGAUCGUCCGCGGUACCACCUCUGGACACAUCUACGGGCCCCAACAAGGUUCCUUCCUCAACAUUGAGCUCAUCUCCGAGAAGUACUGCGAGUACUGGCUGCGCGGCAUCGCGGAGCUAAAACGCGACUUUCCCGCCAAGGUGGUGAUCGCGUCCAUCAUGUGCGCUUACGUCGAGGAAGAUUGGAGGGAGCUGUCGAAACGGGCGGAAGACAGCGGGGCCGACAUGCUGGAGCUGAACCUGAGCUGCCCCCACGGCAUGGGCGAGUCCGGAAUGGGUCUGGCCUGCGGGCAGAAAGAGGAACUGGUGCGGGAGAUCUCCCGUUGGGUUCGAAUGACCGUUCAGAUACCGUUUUUCGUAAAACUCACCCCCAACAUCACGGACAUCGUCGCCAUAGCCAAGGCGGCGAAGGAAGGCGGCGCGUGGGGCGUCACGGCGAUCAACACGAUCUCCGGCUUGAUGGACGUCAGAACCGACGGUACCGCUUGGCCCGCCGUCGGUCCCCAGAAACGUACGACCUACGGAGGCGUCAGCGGCAACGCGACAAGACCCGUAGGUCUGAGGGCGGUCUCCGCCGUAGCCCAGGCGCUUCCUGGGUUCCCCAUCUUGGGUGCCGGAGGUGUGGACUCGGCGGACUCGGCAUGGCAGUUCCUGCAGUGCGGCGCGUCGGCGGUGCAAGUCUGCAGCGCCGUCCAGAACCAAGACUUCACCCUGAUCGAAGACUACCGCUCGGGGUUGAAGGCGCUGCUGUUCCUGGACGGUAAACUACCAGGCUGGGAAGGUCAGAGUCCGCCCACCGUCAAGCACCAGCUGGGGAAACCGGUGGUACCUCUCUACGACGGGCAGGGCAAGAAAUUGCCGCACUUCGGGGAGUACGGAGACCAGCGGCGCGCCCAGAUGGCCGAGCGGUACCACAAGGGGGCACACGCGGGAGACCCGGUACCACAUCACGGCGGUCUUGCUUUGGGGUACGCGAAGAACGGAGGGAAGCUGAGUCGGGAGGGGCCGCUGAGAGUGAGCGACGUGAUCGGAAGGGCCUUGCCCUACAUAGGAGCGUAUAAGAAGCUGGACAACAGCGCGCAAGUGGUGGCGCUAGUGGAUGACGACAUGUGCAUCAACUGCGGCAAGUGCUACAUGGCCUGUAACGACUCCGGAUACCAGGCGAUCGAGUUCGACCCCGACACCCACAUCCCCAAAGUCAACGACGACUGUACCGGCUGUACCAUAUGCAUGUCCGUGUGUCCCAUCGUCGAUUGCAUCACGAUGGUGCCCAAGAUGAUACCCCACGUGGUCAAGAGAGGCCACGCCCAGUACAUCCGCCCCGUCCACCCGCUAGGAGUAGACUGUAUAUAGAUGGUGUUCGAAUAAAUAUAAGAGUA